AUGUCCAACGUUACGUACAACGAGUUGUGGAAAGAGACGCAGGCGAGUCUCGAGGAGAUUUCACAGACCGAUAAUACGGUUCAAAAUUCAAAGGCCCAAAAGGACAGGCAAAAGGCCCGACAAAACGUGGCCGAGCUUUACGUCCGGUACAUAGUAGUGACCAACAAACUUAACCAAUGUUACGACCAGGUCGUGCAGCCGCAGAAGAGGAUCCUGAUUAGAAAAUUGCUCGACUCCUGCGUGGGCCGGGUUUUGGAGCUGAAACACGAGCUCGUCGACGUCGAUUUGUCAGAGUACAAUUACUACGACGAUGUUUUGCUCAAGUACGAGGUCACGCCUCAGGAGGCAGAGAUUCACGUUCCCACCUACUUCCUCAGGGAACGGGAGACCGAGAUUAGGGAGAGGCGAAAAUUCAUCGAGGAUACGCUCAGGGGCCUCGGUUAUUUGCACGAAGAACCCGCACCAAGGAAAAUGACCGAGGUUGAAGCCAUACGGUUGAUACAGGCACACGAAAGAGCGAGGCAAGGACGCGUUCGUUUUCAAUUUAUGAAAGAAAUAAGGGAAAUGAAAGAAAGAUCGAUGGCGAGGCAAGAAGCGGAAGGCGAUGAUGCCUCGAUCGGUAUCUCGGCCGCUUUGAGAAUUCAAAAAGUAUGGAGAGGCUACACGACGAGACGAAAAAUCCGCAUGAGACGUAUCGAAGAGAUGCUUUUAAUCGGUAUGGUUCAGCCAAGCCAAGUGAUAACCGAUAAUUUUCGGCAAUCAGAACGCGUCAAGCAAUACCGGCACCAAAAACAAUCGGAAUAUCAAAAAGUUUACGAGAAAUUAUUGGUCGAUGUCAAGGAAUCGAUACGAAAAGAACGGGGGGCUAUUAUCGAGGAAAAUUUACGUAUGGAAAUAAGAAAUUGGAUAAAAAAUUACUACCAACAAACCGGUAAAAUACCAGAUCUUCCAUCAGCCGAAAGCGGAGGAUCGAGAAUUAUGUUUAGCCGUCAGGGUACGGAAAGCACGAUAAGCAAAUCGACAGCUGUGUCGUCGAAGGAGUCGAAAAAGUCGAAAAAAUCUAAAACCAAAAAAGAGGGAGACCUUGAACAAUCCGAGGACGAGUCCGAUCCGGGUUUUAAACCAAUGCCGUCAAAUUUUUUGCCGGAAAUAAUGCAGGCGAACGCCGAUUAUCAGGAGACGUGGAAAAAUAAGGACGAGUCCGAUAAUCCGGGGCAGGAAACUUACGUCGAUAUGAUCGAGGCGGAAAAAACUCGCGAAGUUGAAGACGAGAUAAGAAUCGGUGUCGAUCAGAUGAUGAGGGACGACAUUGAGGCUUUGCAGGCCGCUGUGGACAGAGACAGAGGACACAAGAGUAAACGAGGCAAGAAAACGCAGAAGCGGCUACGUCGAAGUGGAAAAAAAAACAAGAGGAAAAAGGAAAAGGAUCUCACCCCAGAUCGUAGCACGGAAUCUCUAUUCGAGGAACUACUUACCAAUGGUAUAAUAAAACUUCAUCCCGAGGUACGGCUCGAGCAAUUCAAGGCUGAAAAAUCUUACGCGAAUUUCGAACUGAGGGAACGAGGAAAGGAUCCGCUUCCUGCUCUGGGCGACGUGAAGCAGCUGGUGACCGAAUACUGCAUCCUCCCUCUUGGCAACGAGGUUGUGAGACAGCUGACGCCUCUGGUAAGGUCGGUGCUUAUCGCUGGGCCGCAUGGAAGCGGUAAGAAAAUGCUCGUGAAUGCGGUUUGCACAGAAUUGGGUGCAACCUUGUUCGACAUAACGCCUGGCAACAUCGUAGGAAAGUAUCCCGGGAAAUCGGGCUUGAUAAUGCUGCUGCAUUUGAUAUCGAAGGUCUCCAAGCUUCUUCAGCCCUCGGUUAUUUUCAUGGACGGUGCUGAGAGGCCUUUUAUUAAAAAGGUACCAAAGACCGACAGAACCGAUCCGAAACGGCUCAAAAAGGAUCUCCCUAAAUUGGUCAAGGGAAUAACCGCCGAGGAUCGGGUCGUAAUGAUAGGGACGUCUAACAGUCCUUGGGAAUGCGAUCAGAAACUUCUUUAUCAGACUUACGAUAAGGUCAUUUUCAUACCCCGCACCGAUUUCGGAACAAUGUCGUCAAUUUGGAAGGACCUGCUCUACAAGUACGCCGGUAUCAGCCGACAGUUCGACACAUCAGCGAUGACGAAAAUAUGCGACGGUUUCACAGUGGGAACUGUUCUUCAGUCGAUCAAAGAGGUGAUGACUACCAAGAGAAUGGUUCAGCUCAGAGUUCAUCCUCUUACUCACGCCGAGCUAGUAAAUGCCCUGAGUACAAAAGAUCCGGUAUAUCGUGAAGAGGAGGACGCGUUUUUGGCAUGGUACGCGAAAACACCGACUUGUCGUAAAAAGCAGAGGGCGAUAGAAUUGGAAUUAGAGAAACUUGAGGAGGACAAUGAGAAGAAGAAGAAAAAGGGGAAAAAGUAGACGAAGCUCGCCAAAAAAAAUAUUUCCAAUUGAUCCAGUGAGUAUAAUUUGAUCAUCAUGUGUGAUUAUACGAAACAUAUUGUA